AUGCAUCGAGUAAGACAGAUAAAGAUUCCGGUGAUCCGUCUGAUCCGGACCAGUUUGCUGCAACAAAUCAAGGAAUAUUUCGCCCACUCGACUUUACAUGGCGUACGUUUUAUUGCCCAAAAAGACCGCCCAAUCUGGGAAGGUUUGUGUUGGUUCGGUAUAGUGGCCACUAGUUUCGUUACGACCCUAGUCAUAAUUCUGAGCUUGUGGAGUCGGUUCCAAACGAAUCCAACCAUCACUGGCCCGGAUACGAGUGGUCGGCUUAAGCGAACCGUUUUCCCAACCAUAGGUAUAUGCCCAACCGUACCCUUCGAAAGGGAUCGUAUAUUGGAGUGGGUCGACCAAUCAGCGAUCAAUGUUACGAGCGAGGGCAAUACAAAAAGUGUCGAGGAUUUUACUGGCCUACUCGCGCAAAUGUCAUACAGUCGGAUGAAGGAAAUCAAAGCCGCCUCGGUCAGAUAUCCAGCGAAAUGGUUGGACCACGUUGGCGAUCUUCGUGAAUUCCUCCUGCUUGCGGCGGUCAAAUGUUACCAUACGGUGCACGAUUGCAAGUUUCGAAAUAAACGUCUGAAUUGCUGUGAACAUUUCAAGCCGAUUUUAUCCGAGCGGGGAUUCUGCUUUGCUUUCAAUGCUAAGUUUUUCGAUACACUGAACGAUUGUAUCGACGCCAUUCAUAUCGACGGCGUCACUUCGGCUUCGUCUCAACAGCCAAGUCAAGUUCGCCGGAGUAGUCCCAGAAUACAGGAGGAACGCGAAAGAAGCAGGAACGGAGAGGAAGCAGGAUAG